AUGAUGGAAGGAGCAUCGGGCACCUACGUAACAUUUGAGGGGGUCGCAGAAAAUCCCAACAUCGUGGAGGAGGAACACAAGGUACUCUCCUACUGGAAGAGCAUCGACGCGUUUAAUACCUCCAAUAAGCUCGCCGAGAAUAGGAAGGCAUUUAUCUUUUAUGAUGGGCCUCCUUUUGCCACGGGGCUUCCACAUUAUGGGCACCUGCUAGCAGGCAUUAUAAAAGAUUGUGUGACGAGGUACCAGUACCAAUGCGGUUUUUCAGUGGAGAGGAAGUUUGGGUGGGACUGUCACGGACUCCCCAUCGAAUACGAAAUUGAAAAACAGAACAACAUUAACAAAAAGGAAGAUAUUGUAAAAAUGGGCAUUGAUGUGUACAAUGAAAAAUGUAGAAGUAUCGUGUUGAAAUACUCUAAUGAGUGGGUGAAAACUGUUGAAAGGAUUGGUCGCUGGAUUGAUUUUAAAAAUGAUUACAAGACCAUGGACACGACCUUUAUGGAGAGUGUUUGGUGGGUCUUCAGUCAACUGUAUAAAAGAAAUUAUGUGUAUAAAUCAUUUAAAGUGAUGCCUUACUCAUGCAAAUGCAACACCCCCAUUUCUAACUUUGAACUUAAUCUUAAUUAUAAGGAUACCCCUGAUCCUAGCAUUAUUGUUAGUUUUGUUCUUUUGUCUGACUUCCCUCCAGUGGAGGAGGAGUGCCAAGUGGAAGAGGCAAAGAAGGUGCUAGGGGAGAAGUUUUCUUUAUUGUUUAAUGAGAAGAGGGAGGAUUGUGUUAAGGGGGAGAAGGGAAAGGAAUGUGUCUUUUCCCCUGUACAUAACGAAAUUAUCGCAUGGACUACCACCCCUUGGACACUGCCAUCUAACUUGGCGCUCUGUGUGAAUGAGACCUUUACAUACCUGCGCAUUCAUCAUGUGAAGAGUAAUCGAGUGGUGAUUGUGGGGGAGUGUAGGCUCGAGUGGGCGAUGAAGGAAUUGAAGUGGAGUUUUGAAGACCUGAAAGUGUUGAACCGAUUUAAGGGGAAAUAUUUAAAGGGGUUACGAUAUAAGCCUCUUUUUAACAACUUCUACGACCUGCACAAUUUUAAACAGAGGGCAUAUAAAAUUUUGGCUGAUGAUUUUGUGACAGACGAUGCGGGUACAGGGAUAGUGCACUGCGCCCCGACAUAUGGAGAGGAUGAUUUCAGGGUGUGUAAAAAUAAUGGAGUUAUUGACCCCGAGAAAAAUAUAUUUAUAGAUCCAAUUGAUGCAAAUGGGUAUUUUACUAGCCAAGUAGACAUGGUUCAAAAUAUGUUUAUUAAAGAAGCAGACAAUGUAAUAAAGAAAUAUUUGAAAAAUGAAAAUCGCCUUUUGAGUAACAAUACCAUUGUGCACUCUUACCCUUUUUGCUGGAGAAGCGACACCCCUUUAAUAUAUAGAGCCAUCCCGGCGUGGUUCAUUCGAGUGAGCAAUUCGACAGACAAGCUCGUAAAGAAUAAUGACACAACCUAUUGGAUUCCAUAUCACAUUAAAGAAAAAAAAUUUCACAAUUGGAUAACAGAUGCAAAGGAUUGGUGUAUCAGUAGAAAUCGUUAUUGGGGUACUCCUAUCCCCAUAUGGACAGACGAAAAAAUGGAGUCGGUGGUAUGUGUAGAAAGUAUCUCACAUUUAAAGGAGUUGUCUGGGGUGAAAAAUAUAAAUGAUCUGCAUAGGCAUUUCAUUGACCACAUACAAAUUGAGAAUCCUAAGGGGAAGAAUUAUCCUAAGCUGAAACGUAUAUCUGAAGUGUUCGACUGUUGGUUUGAAAGUGGCUCCAUGCCCUAUGCCAAGGUACAUUACCCAUUUAAUAAAGAGAAGGAAAAUUUUAAUAACAUUUUUCCAGCAGAUUUUAUCGCGGAAGGAUUAGAUCAGACCAGAGGAUGGUUUUAUACCCUGCUGGUCAUUAGUACCUUGCUAUUUGAUAAGGCUCCUUUUAAGAACCUCAUAUGUAAUGGUCUUGUGCUUGCAUCAGAUGGAAAGAAAAUGAGUAAGAGGUUGAAGAAUUAUCCCGACCCCUUAUACAUAUUAGACAAGUAUGGAGCGGAUAGCUUGCGACUGUAUCUUAUAAAUUCUGUGGCUGUUCGAGCAGAAAAUUUGAAGUUUCAGGAGAAGGGUGUUAAUGAAGUGGUUAAAAGUUUCAUCCUACCCUUUUAUCACAGCUUCCGUUUCUUUUCACAAGAGGUGACUCGAUAUGAAUGUUUGAAGAAGAAGCAAUUUUUGUUUCAGGAAGAAUGCCUUUACAAAAAUGAAAAUGUAAUGGACAGAUGGAUUUUUUCUUCUGUUCAAAAUUUAACUAAACUUGUUCAUGCAGAAAUGAAAGCAUAUAAACUUUAUAAUGUCCUCCCGAACCUUUUGCAGUUCAUUGAAAAUUUAACCAACUGGUACAUACGUCUUAAUAGAGAUAGGAUGAGGGGUACCCUGGGGGAGGAGAACUGCCUGCAGUCCCUGUGCACCACGUACAAGACCCUCCACUUGUUCACUGUCCUCAUGGCCCCCUUCACGCCGUUCAUUACGGAGUACAUCUAUCAGAGGUUGCGCAGGGUACGCACCGGCGGGGCGCAGCGUGAAGUGGCUCAGAGCGAAGCGAAGAGCGUAGCGCACAGCGAAGCGAUGAGCGCAGCGCAGGGGGAAGCGGUUCAGAGCGAAGCGCACAGCGAAGUGGCCGAGCAUAGCGAAGUGGCCGAGCACAGCGUUCACUUCCUCAUGCUGCCCCAAGUCGACGAGAACUACGCCAUUGAUUACGAAAUCAUUGAGCUGAUUGAAAAAAUGAAGGCAGUCAUUCUGCUGGGGAGAGUACUCAGGGAGAGGAGAAAGGUUGCUAGUAAAAAGCCUUUAAAGAAAAUUACUGUGUUGCACCCCACCAAGGAUUACUUCAACAAGUUUGAUCACAUAAUGCAUUACAUAAAGGAAGAGUUGAACGUUUUUCACGUGGAAUGUUCAAACGACACCAGCUGUAUUGACUUCACUGCAGUACCCAAUUACAAAACACUCGGAAGUAAAUUAGGAGCCAAUUUGAAACAUAUUCAAAAUAAAAUAAAAAGUAUGGAUUCAAAAUCAAUUAAAAAAUACCAGGAGGAAGGAAAAAUAACAUUCGAUGGAGUAACCCUACAGGGAGAUGACAUAAUGAUACAGAUGAAGCCAACCUUUCAGGACAAGGACACAGAUGUUAUAAGUAACGAGUCUGUAACGGUCCUUAUGGACUUCAGCACAGAUCAACAACUCGAGAACAAAGCCAAUGCAAGAGAACUUUGUAACCACGUACAGAAAACGAGAAAAAAUUUAUCCCUAAAUCAAAAUUCACCUGUUAAAAUGCACGUGUAUAUUGCAGACGAGGCUCUGCGUAGUAACAUGGUGAGCGAGAUGGACUAUAUUAGGAAGUGCCUCCGCCGCGAGCUCCACGUGCUGCCUUCCCAGGUAGACUACGAGGGUCUCCCGGGGAAGAUGCACGAGGAGGAGAUCGUCCUGGCCGGCUGCCCCGUCCGACUCGUCUUCGCCCAGGUGUAG